GUUCCAUUUGUCACUCACACAAGACAACCCAAUAAUUCUCUCUCUUAAACCCUAAACCCUUCUAAAACCUCUCUAUUCUCCUAAAUGCUUCCAUUAAUCCUCAAAUCACCCUUUAAAUCUCCAUUAAUCUCCUCCCUAAUCCUCCUUAAAUCCUCUUUCUCCACCACCAACCUCGCCAUCCACCACCCUGAAUCCCCACCCCCUACCCCCACCACCCCCACCCACCCCACCCCCACUUCAAGAAUCCUCAGCUUUUUCCUCCAAACCCAUUUCACUAAAGGCUCUAUAAACCCUUUUAAAGCAAACCCAUCUUUUAAAAAUCUAAUCUUGGAGCUUAAUUUAGUUGAAAUUGAAGGAAUUAUUGAGAAAUUGACUGUUCUUGAUAAUUACGAAAUUGCCAUUGAGUUCUUUUUCUUGUUGAGAAAUGAGUAUGGGUUUAGCCAUUCUAGAGUGAGUUACUUUCUUGUUGCUCAUAUUUUGGCUAAAAAACAAAGGUUUAGAGCUUUGAAGUUUCACUUACAAGACUUGGUUCAAUAUGAAGGCCCUGGUUCAGCACAUUCGAUAUGCGAGCUGCUUUUGAGUCGCUUUCAGAAAUGGCAUUCUAAUCAUGUUGUCUGGGAUAUGCUGGCUUCUGCCUAUUCCCGAUGUCGGAUGGUUGAUGAUGCUUUGUUUGUUUUUGCAAAGAUGAAAGAUUUGAAUAUUCAGGCGUCAAUAAUUACAUACAAUAAUUUGUUGUAUAAUUUGAGGUACACUGAUAACAUCUGGGACGUCUAUGAUGACAUCAAAGCCAGUGGGAUAAGCCCAAGCAUGUAUACUAAUUCCAUUCUUAUAGAUGGCCUGUGCAAACAAUCCUUGAUGGAAAAGGCAGUUGAUUUUUUUCGAGAGACUGAAUGUAGAGAGUCUGGGCCUUCUGUUGUGUCUUUCAAUACUCUUAUGUCAAGUUCCUGUAAAAUGGGUUCCGUAGACGUUGCUAAGUCAUUCUUGUGUAUGAUGUUUAAGAGUGGGUUACAUCCCAAUGUAUAUAGUUACAAUAUUCUCAUUCACGGGUUAAGUGUGGCGGGUGCAAUGGAAGAAGCAUUGGAUUUCGCAGAUGAUAUGGAGAAGCAUGGUUUAGAGCCUGAUGUGGUAACUUUUAACGUCCUCGCCAAAGGAUUUCAUUUGCUUGGUAUGAUGAAUGGUGUCCAGAAGUUUGUUGAUGAAAUGCUUCAUAGAGACGUAAAUCCUGAUAUUUUCACAUAUACAAUGUUGAUCUGUGGAUAUUGCAAGGCAGGUAAUAUUGAUGAGGGUAUGAAGUUGAGAGAGGAGAUGUUUUCAAAGGAGGGGGUCCAUGCCAGUCAUAUCUCAGACAACAUGUUACUUAGCAGUUUGUGUAAAAGUGGACGUUUAGAUGAAGCUUUGAAUUUGUUCCUCAAGAUAGAGAGCAGCGGUCAUAAACCUGAUCCUAUAAUGUACUCGAUUCUCAUUCGAGGCCUUUGUAAGCAAGGGUUGAUUGAGAUGGCUUUUCAAUUGUAUGACGAUAUGUGGUGUAAGAGAAUUCUUCCAAAUAUUGUUGCUCAUAGAUCUAUCCUCAAAAGCUUCUUUGAGAAAGGGUACAUGUGUGAGGCAAAAGUUCUGUUUGAUGCUUUAAUUAACUCUGGUUUAAUAGAUAAUAUUAUUUUGGGUAAUAUUAUGAUUGACGGAUACGCAAAACUUGGUGACAUCGAUGAGGCUGUUCAGGUAUACGAACUAAUAACAGGGAAUGGAGUAUCGCCAAGCAUAGUUACAUUCAAUUCCUUAAUAUAUGGGUUCUGCAAAGCCAGAAUGUUGGAUGAUGCAAAAAAGUGGGUUGAUACUAUUUUUGCACAUGGGUUGAUACCAUCAGUGAGAACGUACACAACUCUUAUGGAUGCCUAUGGUGAAGAAGGAAAAAUACAAGCCGUUUUUGAGUUGCUUGAGGAAAUGAAAGCAAGGGGCAUAGAACCAACUCAUGUUACUUACACAGUGAUAAUGAAAUGCCUUUGUAAAAGAAGGCAGAUGCAUGAGUCUGUCCAGAUACUAAAGAGUAUGUUACCGGAUGAUUUUCAGCCUGAUGAAGUUUUUUACAACACCAUUAUUAAAAUUUUAUGCGAAGCUCGAGAUAUGAAAGGUGCUUUCCAAUUACAUAAAGAGAUGGUGGUGCACAAAAUCCAGCCAAGUCGUGCCACGUACAACAUUCUUCUUAAUGGUUUAUGUACACAUGGAGAGCUAAAGGAUGCUGAGGAACUGUUUUCUACACUCCAAGAUGUUGGCUUGAUGAAAUGUGAUUACACCAUUCUAAUAAAAGCGCAUUGUGCAAAAGGAUCAGUGCGUAAGGCAGUGAUUAUGUUCCAAAAGAUGAUUGAGAAGGGCUUUGAAAUCUCUGUUAGAGAUUAUAGUGCUGUGAUUAAUAGGCUGUGCAAAAGAAACUUACAAGCUGAUGUGAAGAUGUUUCUGCGUAUGAUGUUGUUUCAUGGUGUUUCAGUUGAUUCACAAAUUUGUUUUGUUAUGCUUAACAGUUUCCUUCGUAUUCGUAAUCAUAAUUAUGCAUUCCAAUUGUCUGCUUUGAUGAUUAAGUGUGGGUUAGAUGGUGAUUCUAAUUGUGGUUAAGUGCGUGAGACACUAAUUUAGUCUGGUUAAUGUGCUCUGCUGCAAUAUGUGAGCUUCUUGGUUCAUAUGAUGUUACCAGAAGAGUUCCUAGAAGCUGGAACAUGAUUUUAUAAGCUAUUUGGACCUAUUCAAUAGCCCAUGCCCAGCUUAGUUUGUUUUGGUUGAAAAGGUUUGUAGUUGCACUGACUAUGCAGUUACAUGGGCUUAAUAGACGAGGUCAUAGGGAAAUUAAUGCCGCUGACAAGCACAUUUUGUAUUGAGAAAAGACGAAGGACUUUGGCAUCUCUGUAAGAAAAGUUAACAGGGCUGUGGUGGUCCUGUUAUUGUCACAACUGUUGGUAUUCGCUUCUGUCUCAGGCAAAUGAUCCUCAGAAACACAUAGCUAGCUGUCCCUUUGGAUUCUAGUCUUCAGCAGCCAAUGGGGGCAUGCGAGUUGUAUGAACGCUGGAGCUGUUUUGGCUCGCGUUCUUGGAGAUGAUUAAUGGCAUCAUCUGAGUUGAAGGAAGAAUAUAUGAAAUCAACGGAGAAUCUAGAAAACUGGUGGUUCGCUUCAUGCAAAUACGAGGGGUUUAUAGAAUGGUUACUGGAUUCGUUGACACAAGCACUAUACAGAUUGCUAGUCUCCAUCUUUCACAGGCAACUAUCUCUGUGCAGAUUAAAUUUGAGGGAACAUGCUAAUAGGGGGUGAAUGGUCUCAUGUCCAUCUGUUGCAAAGCUAUGAAGCAAACAGCAUUUGAGAUUAGGCAAACUAUAGCAUGGCGCGAUACCAAGUCAAAUCAAGGUGAUGAAUAGCAGACGGGCACUUCCAAUAAAGUACUUCAUUGAGGAAGACAUAAUUACAACAAUCCCAUGGUUUAUUCGGGCACUUCUCAUCGAUUUUUCUCCAAGAGUUGGUUCCAAGAGUUCAUGUCAUAACCUUUCGUUUUCAUGCUAUAUACAAAAUUAAGCAAUUUGUAUUUUUCCAUAUGCGGAUCAAAUCUCAAUAACAACUCAGGCGGAUCAUGUCGUGGAAAUCUUUUAACAGAGAAUGUCAAAACUUUCAUCUCCCCUGUGGUGAUAUUAUACAAGAAAGUUUGUGUAUCUUUGUAGGCAA